UCCAACAAGGGCAGUUUGCCGCGUUCUUUCCUACCAUCAUGUUCCUGCUCCUCGUUUUCCUCAGUCUGUGCUUCAUCUGGUGCCUGCAGUUCCACUGGAAGCGCUUCCGGCUGUACAAACUCUCCCGGAAAAUUCCGGGCCCGCUCAACCUGCCUCUAAUCGGCUGCGCCCACCUCUUCUUCACCGGAAACGCGGCCGAAAUCGCCAAACGCUUCAUGCAAAUGUUCGACGACUACCCGGACUUGGCCAAAGCGUGGAUGGGCCCGGAGUUGUACUACCUCAUCACCAAACCGGAGUAUCUGGAGGUGGUCCUGAACCACAACGCGACACUCGAGAAAAUGGACCUUUACAAGUUCAUCCGGCCCAUUGUGGGCGAUGGGCUGAUCUCGAGUCCGGUCAAAGUGUGGAAGAGGCACCGGAAAAUCAUCGCUCCGACUUUCAACCAAAAGGUCUUGAACGAAUUUCCGGGCGUGAUUUGUGAGCAAGUGAAUUUUUUGAUCGAGUUGCUGCGUAAAGAGUGUGAUAAGGGGGAGAUUGACCAUUGUAGGUAUGUAACAAAUUGUGCCAUUGAUAUUGUUGGUGAGACGAUUUUUGGAGUCUCGAUUGGGGCGCAAACUGGGGGCAAGUCAUACAGUCUUAUUUUUGAUAAGUGGAUGGAGGUUGUUUUUAUGAGGAUUUUUCGACUGGAUUAUCAAUUCGAGUGGAUUUUUUCAUGGACGAAGGCCAGUAAAAUACAGGAGGAGGUUAAAAGGAUUAUUCACACCAUGACGAGAGAUAUAAUUGAGAAGAAAAAGGAACAAAUUGGGUGUCAAUUGGAGGCUGAUGACGAAAAAAAGAAGCCAUUCCUGAACCUCUUGGUCGAGAAACACCUCAACAACGAACUAACCCUCCAGGAACUCGAAGACGAAGUCAACACCUUCCUCCUGGCUGGAUCUGACACAAACGCAACUUCUGGUUCCUUCAUUUUGACACUUCUUGGAAUGCACCAAGACGUUCAAGACAAACUUUACGAAGAAGUGUCGAAAAUUCUCGGCCCCGAACGUCCACCAACCCUUGACGAUCUACCAAAACUCAAAUACACCGAACGCGUAAUCAAAGAAUCACUUCGGGUGUUUCCGGGCGCUCCGUUCGUGGCUCGUGUGGUUGAGGAAGACGUAAAUUUGGGUGACGUCAUUGUGCCAAAAGGCGCAAAUAUUGGUUUGGGUUAUUUGCAUUUACAUCGGAGUGAAAAAUACUGGAAAGAACCGCUAAAAUUCGACCCGGAUCGGUUUUUGCCGGAAAAUUCCAUAAACCGGCAUCCGUACACGUGGUUGCCUUUUUCCGGGGGUUCCCGCAAUUGCAUAGGUUGGAAGUAUGGAAUGAUGGUUAUGAAAAUAAUGACAGCGAUGGUUAUACGAAAAUUUCGGGUGAAAAGUUCAAUCAAAUCGAUUGGAGACAUUGAAUUGACGGCAAAUGUUGUUCUAAAGCCCAAAAAUGGGUUCAGGUUGGCCUUCGAGAUGCGUUAGUUGUUUUUUUGUUGUAUUUGUUGUUGAAAUAAUAGAUAAGAACCAAACUUU